AGGUGGCUUUAAUCCAACCUGCAGACCUCAAAACCAGGUGAUGGUGAGAAAUGCUUUAUCCCAUAUUUGGGAUUUUUUUUUUUUGUUACAGCAGAGUAAAUCAUAAUGAAAUAAUUAUAAUAACAAUAACAUUUAGUCAAUGUGGACAUCCAGGUCACAUCAACAUCCUGCCAUAAAGCUGUUCUUUCUCUAUCUCUAGUCUUAUUCACAUUCACCAGGACAUAAUGUCUCCCAGCCCACAUCCACAGAGUCAUAAGUACAUAAAGCUUCACUCUUACCUUUCACUUUGAAAAACAAAUACCUAAAUUACAAGAAAAAACAAACUGACUAUCCAACCAUAUAGUGAAGUGAAAAAGAAAUACCCUGUUUCAGUUCUAAGGUGUUACAUAUAGGGACAUCAUAAAAUGAAUCUGGUCCUUAGCAGCUCUUAAAUUAUUAAAAUGCAAACCCAGAUGAAUAAUAUAGAUGUUAUAACACCACGUCAUUAUUUUUUUACUAAAACUGGUAGCAGCUUCUCCGAUCUCUCUCUCUCAGCAAGUGUGAUGACCUUUAUAAAAGCAGAAAUUUUGUCUAUUUGCAGGAGCAUAUGGGUGCACGUUAAAGAUCACAGAGAAGGAGCUGUUGCUGUCAUCAGUCUGGGGAGGCUUAGAAGGCAAUAUCUCCAAAAAGCUCAUCAUUCUGAAUGUGAAAGAUUAUUUAUCCAUGGAAAACAAUUAACAUUCAUGACAUGUCAGCUGUCCUAGCAAACUGUCCCUAAGCUCAGUCCAUGCUCAGAGAAACUGCACAUUGCAGGCAUUGAGUCAACCAUGAACUCCUUUGUAUACAAAAUCUUGUGCUGUGACCUCAAGAGAGCAGAGCAUAACUGAAUGCCCACAAACCUCAAAGAACUGAAGCAACACUGUAACAAAGACUUGGCUCAAUAAUAUGAAACUGAUAGUUAUAUAGAAAAUAAAUAAUAGUAAUAAUAAUUACUUCAAGUUAUUGAUGCUAAAGGUGUUUUAGCAUCAAUAACAUAGUUUUAAGACCUGCUAAGGACCAGGUGGCUUUUUUUUACUAUCAGAAAUGAUCACCUGAAAUAAUCCACUUGACCAGAACUCAUUAUAUACAAGUGAGGAAAUGUGGGUCAACUGACACUUGAUCUACCUGUAUGCCAAAUAUUUGGUUGUACCUUUGUGGAUACAUCGACUCUUCUCUGGAGCACAUGGAGUAGACGGUGGGUCAACAGAGAUAAUAUUAAUAACAGCGUAAUGAAAUGGGACUGGUGAAUCAUUUGAUGAUAUCACACACCUGGAACAUCAAAGGGGGGGAAAGCAAGCAUACAUUUGAGUUGUUAAGCCUCACAGUGGACAGAAACACUCUGAAAUCUUUCUGUCUCAUCCUUGUGCUCGGUUCAUGGUCAUUUCCCAGAAUCCCCGCUUCUAGCUCACCCACCUGUCUGUGUCACUGGCACAGGGACCAUCAGAUUGAAAUGUUUGGCAUGUGUUGAAGACACAGACACCCUUUUAAUUAAAAAAAAAAUAAUCCCCAAAUACUAAGCUUAGCUUCUCAUUGUGAAGUCUAACUGCUUUUUUUAAACAAAUCUGCCACUAAAGUAACUUUGACAUCUAAUAUUUCAGCCGCCUCUUUGUUUGGUUGAGUGCUCUACUACAGCAAAGACAUACUCUCUCUGCUCUGCUGAGGGAUGGGUAGGAUUAUUUAUUUGUAACGCUGAUUUGACAGAGGCUUUUCAUCGAGGGCGAGAGCACAGACGUAAAUUUGAUUUGAGAGGUUAUUAGGUCGAGGCUGCGAGUCCUGCGUUUGAUGUUGCCUUUCUGUCACCAUGAAGGACAGAUAAGGGGAUUCUGCACAUACCUGUUGGCCCUGCUCACAGUGUAUACAUAGCACCCUUGACACUUGGAGCCAAACACACACCUACACUUGCUUGCACUCAAGAUGAGUCGGAGCGAACGCAGCGGUAAGAUCCUCCGAUUCCUUCUCUGAACCUGAAGCGAUCCUUCUUUGCUCACACUGAAAAGUUUUCAGAAUCACAAUGAAUACAGCACUUGUGGUGUCUGCAUCUCUUUUUCAACUGGUUCUUGUCCUGCUCUUAAUCCCUGGUCAUGCUUCACUGACCAAAGUGAAGCACGGCAACACCUCAGGAGUGGUGUAUCUGGGAUCUGCGUUUGUUGAUGAGGCUCUUCAGAGGGCGAUUGAGCUGACUGAUGCUGCUUACACCCACACGAGUGAAAGGGUGAAGACGUCACUGUCUGAAGGCGCUCUGAGACCCAGUGACCUGCUGGCUCAGUUCAAACAGAUUGAAAGCACAACCAGGACCCAGAUCCGGGCUGCUGAACUGCUGGACAACACAGUGGAGCUGAUCAGAGAGAUGGUCUACACUAACACCAUGAUGCAGCCCAACGCUUACGAAAUGCUGAGUGAAGAAGAUACGGAGAAUCUGCUGCAUGUGACGGGCUGCUCCGCUGAACUGCAGACGCCCAGCUGUCAGACAGACUGUCUCUCUGAGCGCUACAGAUCCGUCACAGGCGAGUGCAACAACAGACAACAUCCGAGAUGGGGGGCUGCUAAUAUCCCAUAUUCCCGUUGGUUGGCUCCAGAGUAUGAGGAUGUAUGGGGGAUGCCCAGAGGGUGGGAACCAAAACACACCUAUCACAAUGCCAGCCUGCCUCCAGUGCGGCUGGUGUCACAGGAAGUGCUGUUCACUCACAAUGACAACAUCUCUGUGGACUCCACUCUGUCCCACUUGCUGGUGGACUGGGGUCAGUGGAUAGACCACGAUCUGGUGCUGACGCCUCAGAGUCCCAGUACGGCUGCCUUUAAGACUGGAGCUGACUGCACCCACACCUGCAACCGAGACUCACCCUGCUUUCCCAUCCAGAUCCCACCAUCUGAUCCUCGUAAUGGGGUCCAGAGUUGCAUGCCUUUCUUCCGCUCUGCUCCCAGCUGUGGUGCUGGAGUUCUGCCUCAUCGUCAGCGGGAGCAGCUCAACGCCAUCACCUCCUUUGUCGAUGCCAGCAUGGUGUACGGCAGCUCCACCAGCCUGGCUUCUGCUCUCAGGAACCAAUCUUCUCCUCUGGGCUCAAUGGCCAUCAACUCCCAGCACUCAGACCACGAGCUCGCCUACAUGCCCUUCCUACCUCGCCUCCAGGCUCACCUGGACCCCUGCGGCCCUCGCAACUCCACCACCUCAGGAACAUCAGACAGGUCUGCUCACCGACAGAACACCACAUCCUGCUUUCAAGCUGGUGAUUCGAGAGCCAAUGAACAUCUGGGAUUGAUUGCGCUGCACACGCUCUUCCUGAGAGAGCACAACCGACUGGUCAAAGAGCUGCACCUGCUAAACCUUCACUGGAGCCCAGACACCCUGUACCAGGAGGCCCGCAAGAUCAUAGGAGCCAUUCAUCAGAUCCUAACAUGGGAGCACUACCUGCCACGGGUCCUUGGUGAGAAUGCCAUGUCUCAUCUGAUGCCUCCUUACAAGGGUUAUGAUCCUGACAUGGAUCCCAGCAUUGCUAAUGUUUUUGCAACUGCUGCAUUUCGUUUUGCUCACGUCACCGUGCAACCAGUAGUGACCAGAUUGGGGCCAGGAUAUAAUGCUAACUCGCAGUAUCCCUCUCUGCCGCUGCAUCACUCACUGUUUGCCUCUUGGAGGGUUGUGCAGGAAGGUGGUAUAGACCCAGUGCUGCGUGGCCUCCUGCUGUCUCCAGCCAAGCUGCAGACUCCCGGUCAGAUGAUGGUGGAGGAGCUGACAGAGAGACUCUUUCAGGCACAGGGUGGGAUGCCUCUGGACCUCGGAGCCCUUAAUCUCCAGAGAGGCCGAGACCACGGCCUGCCCGGAUACAGCUCCUGGCGAAGGUUCUGUGGCCUUUCUGUUCCCAACAACACACUGGACCUGGCUGAAAUUCUGGGCAACUUCACUUUGGCUCACAAAUUCCAACUCUUAUACGGGACACCACACAACAUCGACGUGUGGGUGGGUGCCAUCUCUGAGCCAGCUCUGCCCGGAGGCCGAGUCGGACCGCUCCUGUCAUGCCUGCUCGCGAGACAGUUCAGAGCGCUGAGAGACGGUGACAGGUUUUGGUGGGAGAGGGAAGGAGUGUUCACCCGCGCUCAGAGGAAACAUCUGCGUUCAGUCUCUUUAUCCCGCAUCAUUUGUGACAACAGCCACGUCACACAUGUCCCUGCCGACCCGUUCUCACGCACCGAGACCUCGGAGGACAUGUUGGCCUGUUCUGACCCCCUCAUCCCUCACCUUGACAUCAGCCCCUGGAAAGAGCAGGACUCGGAUCCCCGCUGCGGUCCAAUACCCAGGAUUCAAUUUGGCUACUAUCUCCUCUGUAACUCGGUGAUCCUGUAUCAGUGUCACUCUGGCUACAAGCUGCUGGGAGCUUCAUCCAUCAGUUGUGAUCCAAACAGCCAGCAGUGGAGCCCAGCACCCCCAUCGUGUCAGGAUAUCGAUGAAUGUGAGGAAAUGACUUCUUGUCCACAACACCUGGAGUGCCUGAACAUACCAGGCUCCUUUGUGUGCUCAGAGCCCUCCUCGCUAUCGGCCGUCUCCAUCGUCACCGCAGUGAUAGUUGUGUUUGGAGGCGUGGCCGUGCUGGUGAUUGGCAUGUUCUGUUUUCGAAGGCGAGUCAUCUGCAUGCAGAUUUCUCAUUUUACACAAACACUGGUGGGCUAGUUUCAACAGACUGAAUUGAAUUGAAAUGUAAUGAUUAAAGGAGCUAUACAAACAUGUUCAUACAUCACUAAAAAUAUUUAACAUUUCAAUAACUGAAUUUGUUUCUUGCAGAUAUCUCCCAAAGAGAGAAGCGCUGGUGACUGCUGGAUGUUGCCAAGAGAAAAGUUAAUCAAUCCUUUGUAAGAGUUUGGUUGAUUUUUGUUGUAAUAUUCCUGUGAAAUUAUCUAAAUGUUUUUAAAUGUUCUUAUGUAUUUAGUAGACUAGCUGCAGAGGUUUUUUUUCAUCUUAAUUUAUAUGUAUCACAUCUGUGUUCAAUAAGAGUUCAGCUUAUAAGAAAUUCAUCUUGAUUUCAUCUUUUCUCCUCCGUGCCCAUUGAUAAACAGCAGGUCAAACUAUUUAUUAAGGUCUGCUGUAAUCGGUACAAAGAGGUCAUCAAAACAGCAGCUCAGAGAAGUCUUUCCAAUCCGGAAACUCAAAUCUUACUGGAAUGUCGGCUUCAUAAAGCCCCUCUGAGCUGGACACGGUCUAAGUAUUUCCUCGGUAUUCCUGCUUGAGAACCUGUUUGGCGUAUGUAAGUGUUAUGACCUUAUUCUAACCCCAAAUCUGUGACGUGCCCAGAGCAAACAUCACCCCUGGGUUAUCUGGUUGCACUGGGUUGAAAUUAAUUGAAUUGAUGAGUCUUUCCCGAGCAAACUUCCGGAGUCUCCCUCUCUUGAUCGGAUUUCUAAUAAUAAAAGAGACAUGGUACAAAAGUGACAGCUGGUAUACAAUGCCUCGUGUUUAAUGCAGCUUUUACACAGUUGAUUAUGAGUACACUGAGGUCAGGAACCUCAAAGCCCUGCAUAAGGCUAAGAAGCAGUUAUUGCACGUUCUGACACACUAUACUUCAUUGUUACCUUUAAAAGAUUUCUGUUUUUUAAAAAAGUCAGUAACAAUAAAUCUAUAAUAUGAGAUACAACCUAUAUACACUAUGGCUAUUUUCUGCAUUCAUGCAAAGUCAAUUAUGGCUUUUACUUUAUGUUCAUACUGUUAACUACAGAUGUGCAAAACUCAAUCACAUCUUAAAAGCUUUUUUCACCUGGCACUGUAAAGCUCUCCCUACUCUGAGCAUGGGUGGGUAAUAAUUAACGAUACAUCUGAUUUUUAGGUACAGGGCUAACGAGAAGCUGAAGGUGACUAAGUUAAGUCUUUGUACAAGGCAGAGCAGGAAGUGUACCAACAAAAUUAAGGCCAUGCUCAGAAUGAAGGUCUGGGCUGUGGUGUCUGAGCUGAUAACUGAAAGUACAAAGAAAACAAGCUGAAUCAUUGCUGUGUGGAAACAAUAAAACUAUUACACCACAUAUUUGUAAUACUUGAGGUUAAGAUUGUGCUCAUUAUUUUGCAGGCUAAUGCCUGAAUCAGGACACACAGUCUAUUGUAUAAAUAUGAGAAAUUUUGUAUUCCGUGGGUGAUUCAGUAAGAAGUUUCUCCACACUUUCUUGGGGACAACAGUUAUUUUCCAGGAAUGUGGUGCAACAGAAAAAACUUCUCCGACAUGUCUGGGAAUAAUAUCAUCUUUUUUUUCCCUUCCUUUUUUUUUUUUUUUUUUUU